GCGGCGGCCGCCCCGGCCCAUGCCCCCGGGGGGAAGGGGGGCUGCAGCAGCCCGGCGAGCCGCCCACCCGCGCAGCGGGGGCAUCGCCCCCACUCGCCGCUCCUGGGAGGGCGGAAAGGAGGCAGCGGCGGCGGCGGCGGCGCCGGCAUUGUGCGCGGCGGAUCGCAGGCCCCGGCGGCGCGGGGCUCGCCUGCCUCCCGCCCCAGCCCCAUGAACCAGCCGGACGGCUCCGCUCCGGCGGCGGCGGCGGCGGCGGCGGCGGGGAGCGCAGGCCGACGAGAGCAACAGCACUGGGAGGAGGAGCUCUUCCAGCAGGGAGUGUUUGAAGAGGAGCCCACGGAGCCCAAAAGCAGAGGGCUCCGAUUCGGUGACAUCUCAGUCCUCACCCAGUGAAGAGGCUGGAAUGAUGACUGAGGUGAAGGUGAAAACAGAGGUACCAGAUGACUACAUCGAAGAGGUGAUCUGGCAGGAUGACGCCAAAGAUUCGAAGAAGAAUAUAAAAGAUGGGCCAGGAGACGUGCCAGCAGAGAUCUGCGUGGUGAUCGGUGGGGUUCGCAACCAGCAGACGCUCGGAUCUUAUGAGUGUGGAAUAUGUGGGAAGAAAUACAAGUAUUACAACUGUUUCCAGACCCAUGUGCGAGCGCAUAGAGACACUGAAGCUGCCUCAGGUGAAGGAGCCUCACAAGGCAACAACUUUAGGUACACGUGUGACAUUUGCGGGAAAAAAUAUAAAUAUUAUAGCUGCUUCCAAGAGCACAGAGACCUGCAUGCCGUGGAUGUUUUUAGUGUGGAAGGUGCCCCAGAAAACCGGGCAGACCCCUAUGACCAGGCCGUCAUAGCAGCAGAUGAAGUGAAGGAGGAGGAGCCGGAACCGUUCCAGAAGAUUGGUCCAAAAACUGGCAAUUACACCUGUGAAUUCUGUGGCAAGCAGUACAAAUACUACACUCCAUACCAAGAACACGUGGCGCUGCAUGCACCUAUUAAGUUCUCUCGAUCUCCACUCUUCGUGGCAGUGAAGACACAGGGGAGCCAAUCCAGCAAAAAAACACCGUCUUCAAUAAACCGAUGUUCUACCCUCCUGCACCGCACCCCCUCCGGUGUCCCACCGGCAUCCCAAUCCCAGAUGUUCCGCGCUCCAAAUUCUGGAUCCCCAGGAAGCAAGGCCAUCACAGCAGAAAGUGCUUUCAGCAGGAGAGUGGAAGGCAAAGCGCAAAACAACUUUGAAGAAACAAACAGCAAUUCUCAGAACUCCAGCGCUGUUCAUUCGGGGACAGAAAAACCUAAAGAAAAGAGAUGUAAGCAGAACCCAUCAGAAACCGCAAGUCCCCUGAUUUCAAACCCUUUCCCGCUUUUACGAAAGCCUUACACCUGUGGAGCUUGUGGAAUCCAGUUCCAGUUUUAUAACAAUCUCCUGGAGCACAUGCAGUCCCAUGCAGCUGACAACGAGAACAAUAUUGCCUCUAGCCAGCCCAGAUCACCUCUAGCUGUUGUUGAAGAAAAGUGGAAACCACAGCUCCAAAGAAAUAACGCCAACAAUACAUCUGCAAGUGGUUCAGUAGGGAACAGCGCGAUCCCGGAGAAGGAGCGGCAGAACAUUGCCGAGAGGCUCCUGAGGGUGAUGUGCACUGACCUUGGGGCUCUGAGCGUGGUGAGUGGGAAGGAGUUCAUCAAGCUAGCGCAGACCCUGGUGGACAGUGGAGCUCGCUAUGGUGCCUUCUCAGUCACCGAAAUUCUUGGCAAUUUCAACACACUGGCUCUGAAGCAUUUGCCUCGGAUGUACAACCAAGUGAAGGUGAAAGUCACCUGCGCCCUGGGCAGCAAUGCCUGCCUGGGCAUCGGUGUCACUUGCCACUCACAGAGCAUUGGCCCUGAUUCUUGCUACAUCCUGACAGCUUAUCAGGUGGAAGGCAACCACAUCAAGAGUUAUGUCCUGGGAAUUAAGGGUGUAGAUAUUCGAGAUAAUGGUGAUUUUAUCCACCACUGGGUACAGAACGUGCUCUCAGAGUUUGUGAUGUCGGAGAUCAGGACGGUGUACGUCACAGACUGCAAAGUCAAUUCCUCUGCGUUCUCCAAGGCAGGCAUGUGCUUGCGUUGUUCGGCCUGUGCCUUGAACUCAGUAGUGCAGAGUGUGCUGAAUAAGCGAACACUACAAGCUCGCAAUAUGCACGAAGUGAUCGAGCUCCUGAAUGUCUGUGAAGAUUUGGCAGGAUCCACAGGCCUCUCAAAGGAGACCUUUGGCUCCCUGGAGGAGACCUCUCCCCCACCCUGCUGGAACUCAGUCACUGACUCCCUCCUGCUUGUCCACGAGCGCUACGAGCAGAUCUGUGAGUUCUACAGUAGGGCCAAGAAGAUGAACCUCAUCCAAAACCUGAACAAACACCUGCUCAGCAACCUGGCGGCUAUUUUGGCGCCGGUGAAGCAGGCGGUAAUUGAGUUGAGCAACGAGAGCCGGCCCACCUUGCAGCUGGUACUGCCCACCUACGUCAAACUGGAGAAACUGUUCACUUCCAAAGCUAACGAUGCUGGCGUAGUCAGCAAACUCUGCCACCUCUUCUUGGAGGCGCUGAAGGAGAACUUCAAAGUUCAUUCAGCACACAAGGUAGCCAUGAUCCUAGACCCUCAGCAGAAGCUGCGGCCCGUCCCACCAUACCAGCACGAAGAGAUCAUUGGCAAGGUCUGUGAGUUGAUUAAUGAGGUGAAAGAGUCCUGGGCAGAAGAAACAGAAUUUGAACCUUCAACCAAGAAGCCCCGGGCAGCAGGGGAAGCCACAGCAGCUCAGGAAGAAGAUUGGUUCGGGAAAAAUGAAGUCUAUGAUUAUUUGCAAGAACCUCUCUUCCAGGCCACCCCUGACCUGUUUCAGUACUGGUCGUGUGUUACCCAAAAGCAUACAAAACUAGCCAAGCUAGCCUUUUGGCUCUUAGCAGUGCCUGCUGUUGGUGCCAGAAGCGAAUGUGUAAAUAUGUGUGAGCAGGCUCUCUUAAUCAAAAGGAGACGGCUACUCAGUCCAGAAGACAUGAACAAACUCAUGUUUUUGAAGUCCAACAUGCUUUAAGACUUUCUUUUAAUUAAAACAAAACUUUAAAACACUGUUCCAAACAAAGAAAAAGAAUUUUAAGUUCUAAACACUGUGGACCUCAUUAUGAAUGCCCCUGGAAACCAAGUGCUUUUUUAUAUAUAUAUAAAAAUAUAAAUAUAUAUAAAAUUAAGUUUGAGAGGAAAGCUGAGCACGUGAGAGAGACAGCCCUCUGCCAGGAACGUGCUCCUUUCCAUAGAUAGUGUGUGGACUUGACAGACUUUCUAAUGUUUUCAAGUGGGCAGACCAAUGGGAGGCUGAUGUUCUAAAGUCUUCAGGCAGCUGAGAUCUAAAGUGACUUGAAGUUUCUUUUGUUUCUCCUCCACCCCAUCUUUCCUCUUGUCCCCUGGGCCAUCUUGCCAUGGAUAAUCAGACUACAUUGAACAGACCAGUUCUUCACUGGACUUUGCUCCUUUGAAUAACUGUACACCUUGAGGGCAUUUGUCUGCAGCCUUCUUGACAUAUGGUGCAUGUUAUCAGGGCAGCUGUGUUUUACGAACACCAGUAUCUUUAGAAAUCAGGAAGGGAGACUCUAAGAUUGUUUUUAUUAUUAUUUUUAUUUUAACUUUUUCAUAUAGGGUUUUUCCAAAAAGAACAAAAGUUACUCUUCUGUCUCCACUCCCAGUUUUGAGUUUAACUUGUUAGCUACUGAUUACAAGUUUGAUUUAAAACUAAGAGAAAUGAUUCAUGGCAGAAAACAUCUGUAAUUGUUAUGUUUCUUGGAUUAUUUUUUUUUUACAGCAUACCUUCUUUUCUGAAUUCCCAGUGUAAAUUAGCUUCUCUGUGAAUUCUGUACAUCAGGGGUUCUCAAAUUUGUUCACAGAGUAGCCCAUUUAUGAUUAAAUAAUAUCCUUAUGGAAGCCACAGCUGUUGCUUAUAUGGAAAAGCUAGAAACCGGGACAAGCAAGCAGGCGGUUACAACACAGAUGUCUUUGGCCAUCAGCAAGCUUGCCAGCGUUUGCCAGCUGCCAUUGAGAAUCCUUGUACCUAAAUUUUUUGUAAACCUUCCCACUACACACACUCAAAAUAGCCUUCACAAGGCCAAGGACAAACCAAGGUGUAUGAUUUUUCAGGGGAACAAAGAUCAUCAGUUCUGUCAAACUAGGGUUUGAAGGAAGCUUAGAGAAGCGCAUGGGCUCAAAGAUCCUUCUGAAUGUAAGUGCUCCUGAUUGAGUGCGAUGAAUAUCUUCCUGUUUUAUUUGGAAUGGUUUCCUCUAGUAGCACGAAUGUCUUUUUAAUACCUACAGUGCAUUACACUACUUGUUAUGUUGUUGAAUCGUUCUGGCUAGGAAGGCCAUCGGCCCUUAAAUGUUCACGCUUACUGGCUCACCCCGAAUGCAAUUAGAGAUCAUCGUCACGCAGAAACAUCUCAGUCACUCUGCUGUCCACUAAGGCCAGUGCUCUGCUGUGUCCGAUUCCCAUAGGCACAGCUCAUGGGCUGCUAGACAAGAUCUCUGCAAGCUAUCAGAGUUGGUGCCUCUUGGACAAUUCCUGACUUCUGGUGCCAAACUGUUAAUUUUUCAUCACUGGGACUUGUAUCCCAGAGGCAAAUUGAAACAAAUUCUUAUUUUUGAAGCAUUCUCUCCUGCUUCCAGUAGUGUCCUCAGGAGCUGCAGCCACAGUGGCAGCGGAGCAGCAGCGGUGGUGUGGGAGGACGGAUGGGGCAGGGUCCAGGGACAGGCUGGAGGCUGGAGCCCUCAAACAGCGCAGCGGUGUUUCUGGUUGCUGGUGAUGCAGUGGUAAGAUCGGGGGCCCUUUUUGGAAUGCUGCUGUUGAACAGACAUUCAACCAAGAUCCCACCUGCCCAUCUCUGGUUGAAUUAGAAGUUGCACGUCACAGGACAUGAGAAAUGGCAGGGCCAGUCAGCUAGCUCGCAGCUCAGCCCACCCGGCCUCGGGUUUUGUGUUCAGACACGGAACCCAGGAACUAAUGGACAGCUUCACUGCCACGGGGCUCAGACGGGGAACAGUUUGCAUGCUAGAGACCUUCCCUAGAUCAAGGUCACCGACGAUGGCUCUUUGUACCCAAGUGUCUUGCCCCAGAAUGACUCUUGCCCUUCUGAGCCUGGAAACAGGACUUACUGUAGCCUGAGUACAGAGCUUAGGUUGACAGCACCUCUUGGCACUAUUAGUGGCCUCAGGGCAAAACUAGUUCUCUCUUAAGUCUGAGUUUUGCAUAUGGAUAACUUAAAAUAUGUAGUCCACAACCCCACCGGCAACUGCAGAGGUAGCAGCAGGUGAAGAUGAGCAGCCAAGGCGGAGGCACUUGGAGAUCUGAUUUCUCUGGCAAUGGUUUUUGCAAACAGGUGCAGGUCGCAGGGCCAACGUUUCUUCUUUCUGGUUUUAUUUUCCCCCAGACAAAUCCUGCCCACCCAGCCACUGUCUGGGCCCGCAGUAGCAUAUCUAUUUGCGCUUGCAGUGCAGGUGGAGCCUGUAACAAACAAAAACUAAGUCUCAGACUAAAACCAAACAAAAAUAAAUAAUUCAGCAGGUGCAAAGUGUGCCAAUUAUGAAGUAUUUGUGACUGCUGCAGGUUCCACUGAAAAACACAAGGGAUCCUGCAGCAAGAAAACUGGGCUGAAGGGACAAGUCCAAAGCAAGAUUAGCUUUUGAGGCUGCAGAGCUCAGCGGACAGGCAGAAGCGGGACAGGAUUUGUACUGCUUUUUCCAAAUGGUGUGCUACACCUUUUUGCCUGGUUUGCCUGAGAUUCUAAGAGCUGCUCACAGGCUCUUCAGCACUCAGGCAAAGGUGUGACAGCUACUUGUUCCUUUCAGAGAGUUCCAAACCCAGCACUUCUUUGCUGUGGGACAGGCUGCUAACUGCCGUGGGAUCUGCCAACUCAGGCUCGUUGUGUCUGUGUGCCAGGCAUUAGGAUAGGGAAGUGUACCAACAAGAACUUACCACAGGUUUAAAGCCCCAGAACUGAGGUAAAAUUGCAGUCAUUUGUGCAAACAUUUAAUGCCAGGCUGUCCAGCAGUGAGCUGGACCAGGGCUACACAACCAGGGCAUGUGGGUGGAGAGGCCAGCGCCACCUGUAGUUCCUCUUCUCCUUUUUACAGUCUGUAUGUGGCAUCAGAUCUGGAGCUUUUCUGCUGUGGUGACCAAAGAGGGACUGAUGGGCCCUCUCCCCAGUUAGCAGCUGCCAAAUCCACAGUUAUCAUUGCACUAAUGCCAAGAGGGAUCUAAGCAAACAUACAGCAAUGUCUGGCAGAUGAGAUUCUCACAAAGACUUAAAAACUCAAUAGUAGCUGAAAAAAAGCAAAACAAAAUCUAAUGGAGCAAUCUGGAAAGUCUGGGUGAGAAGAGAAGCUGGUUGGCCAGCCCUUCUCCAGCAGGUCAGUGGAAGAGGCCACAGCUUUUCAUGAGACUUCAGAAGGUCACAGGGUGUUCUGCUCGGAGGAGCUCUUAGUGCUGGGCCUGCCCAUGGGCUGACUUGUGUCUGAUGUUCCUUUGCCUCUUUGAAAGGAGGGAAGCACAUCUGGAGCAUGCGGAUUUACUCUAAAUUUACUCUAAAUGCCAAGGUUUUGCUCCUAUUUCUCCUUCCCUCCUUAGGACUCAGAUGUGCAUUCUAGGGAGUGUAGAUACACUACCACGGUCUGACUUUUGGAAGCUCUUAUUUGCCAGGUUAUUGGCAUCAGCUCAGUGGUAGCUCUCUGUACAGAGCAGCAGUUGUGCUGUGAGGAGUCCUGCCUGUCCUGUGCUGGGAGGCAGGAGGAGAGAGGUCCUCUUGGGUUUGGCCAGAGCUGUCAUGAGGUUCUGCUCCCCGUGGGCUGGGAAAAGUCCUCACAGUUGGGAUCAUCCUGUGGUAGGUCAUGCUGGGAAUUGUCUUCUGCUUCUUCUGUUUCCUAUACUUGCACUUGAGAAAGAUGUUUGGAGAAAAAAAGAAAAAAAAAGAAAAAAAUGGUGUAUGUGUCCUCUGGGCAUUCAUUUGUUUCUGCUGCUUGUUCUGAGCCUGACCUUGCAGGCUGCUCUGUCGGACUUAUACUUUGCUCUGGGAGUGGUUGUGUCUGCAGGUGGGGAGCGGGUACCGACAGAAGGUGAACUGUAAAGAAUGAAGGGCAUUCCAGUCCUGUCCGAAGAUCUGUGUUAAAACAAAACUGAGGAAGGAGGGUACAGAGGCAGAGCUCUGCACAACAGAAGGUUGUUUCUUUGUGAGUACACCAGUCAGGGUCAGUGGAGAUCGUGGAGCCCAGAUCUGUCCCUGUCUCUCUCCCCGUCUCUAGCAGUAGAUGGUAGUUGUGUUCUGGCUUGCAAGAUGGCUCGGUGUCUUGUGCCUGGGUCCAUUGCAGAUGGAAGUAAACUUUUCUUUUUGUCAAAGUUUUGUCUGUUCUAAGAAACCUGAUUUGGUUGGUUUUGAAUUAGUGCAAUCUGGAAAACAUGUUGUGAAAGCCAACAGUAGGCUCAGGUUUUGGUAAAUUUAGACUUCUGUUGUUGCUGGGUAAAACAGUCUAACUUUGAGAUAAAUUGGUUUAAGCAUCCCUAAGAACCGCCUGCACUGGUUUAACUGUGCUUGCUGGGUGUUCUCCCCUGCUGAUCAGAGAAUACAUCCAGAAGCAUCUCAGGGAGUCAUGACCCUUAUGUGCAUUCUGCCCGUGAAGGUGCGGCAGAUAUGUUCAAAGCUCGGGAAUCACUGAAAACAGAGGGGAGACACUUCGGAAAGUGGUUGAGCUCUGAAUUGAGAUAUCUGGGUUAUUCCAGGAUUCAGUGAGAUGUCUCAGGUUGGGUGGUUUGCUUUUCUCCAGCUGCUUGCAAUAACACAGAAGGUUUAGUGUGAGAAGAAAUUCCUACAUGUGUUUAUGUUGGUGGGUGACACUGCUCAGCCUUACCCAGGGAAAGGGAUCGAUUCCACCUCGCGGGUCCCACAGCAGGCGAGCCGAGACGCUGUGUUGCACAGGAGACGGGUGAUGAGACAUUGUGCUGCUCAGAGAGCACUGCACGUGUUCUAGGCAGCACCGAGUUAGCGGUUAAUCAAAAGGCAGUAAAAGAGCAGCCAAAAGUUGAUGAGAGGCUGGGAGUGCUGCUUGUGCUGAGGAAGGACUCAGAUCUCUAAUUGCAUCUCUGCGUAAGGGAGGGGAGAGAAGCUCCUGUGAGCUCUCACAGGGAACAGGUUGUUCCCUAUGGAAUAAUUGGGAGUAUUGGGAUGAAAGCGAACAACAACAAAAAAAAGGACACUAAAGGCAGAUUCUGGGAAACGUUUUUAUUGAGGAGAAAUCUGUGAUCUGGGAGGAGUCUGUUACGUGGAAUGUGUCCUGGGCCCUGUCAUGAAAAAGGAGACUGCACGGCUGUGUGCUCCAUGAGGCUGCUUAGGACCUGACAGGGAGGAAAGAGCCUGGGUGCAGAGGUCAGAGGUGCUGGGGCUUGAGGCCCAUCCUGCCCAACAGCCGAUAGGUCCAGAAGGGCUCGGAGAGCAUCUUCUCCCACGUCCUCCCACUCACCUCCGACACUGCGCCAUCCACCAGUCCCUGCAGGAGGGAGGGAGCUGGCCGGUGGGGCAGAGGAGGUGACACCAGUUUGGGGGCAAAUGUCUCAUCACCCCUCGUAAUGCCAAGGUGAAAGAAUCAGGGGCAGGGGAGAGUAUUAAAUGUUUUGCUGCUUCUGCUGUGCAUUUUCUGUGCUACACCACGAUCUUGAGUUCAUGGGAUCUGUUGGGAAUGCCCAGAAACAUCAGCUGAGACUUGAGGUGCUUUGUCAGGUACUUCUGAGGAUGUCACCCUGUAGCAAUAAGAGCUCGCUUUUCCCAGCGUGUGGGACCUGUCCCUAUGCCACAGGUUGCCAUCGUCCUGGGCUCCAGGAAAUGUCACCGAACCAACCAAACAAUAACACACAGAGAGGUAAAACCAAGCACAGCUCCAAGUUGAAUGCCUCAUUAGUACUGUGGGAUAGUUUGCUUAUGCUAGGCCAGAAAUGGUAAACCAAUGAGAGUGUAUUGCCCUGAAAUUUAAUUUUAUAUAUUGAAUGUUUGGGGAAAGUCUGUUUAAUUCCUUGGUUUUGUUUGGCUGGUUAGUUGGGUUUUCUGCUACUCCUGUUAGAGUCCUUUCUUUUUAACUUGACGGAAAAGUUUUGCUCAUGUUAGACAAAGGUGUAUCCAUUAGCCCCUGUAGGGUUUAAUGUAGGCAGCUGAGUUUGAUUUUUUUAGAAUAGCUUCUGAAAUGAGUCACAUAAAUGGCUCAUUCAUGCACAACAUCAACCACUGACUGAAAGGAUUUUCUUUUUUUUGCCAUCGUUUUAGCAUCAUUGGCAGUGGUCAGCGUGUCUUGGUACCCGGGUGAGCAGCGCAGCCUUAACGACAGGAAUAUUUUGCAGUGGAGUUGAUGAGUACAGGCAUGUCAAACCCUUGCUUUUUACAACCAAAGUUCCUUAAAAAGACACUUCCAGCCUCAUCAGCCUUGAAUGCUUGUUUUCAGUCUUCUAGGGGUUCUUGUGGCGGUCUCUGCAACAUGUGUGGAUAGGAUGGUUUUCUUUCCGCUGGGCUGGGGGGGUGGGAAGAGGCAUUUAUUUUUUUCUUGCUCUCCCUGGAGAAAGACCUUUCCGCUCAAGGAAGGAGGUGUGUAUUCUGGAAGGAGAAGCAGUCUAAGGAGCUGUUUUCCAUGGUCCCUUAAAACUUACUGGGACUAAUUUUUUUUUUUUAAUUGUUUAAAAGCAAAACUGAUAAUGGAUGAGCUGAAAUACUCAUGACAGGUGGCUAGCCAAGGCUGUAAGUCCAGGAGGAACACACAUCAUCCAGACCUGAGGAUUCUGGUCCGCCGUAGCUAGAAAGUGUCAUGCCGACAAACCAAACUGUCAGGAAAUCCUUGUUUGCAGCCAGUCUGAAAAGAGAAGCUGUUCCUCGUUCGUGUGUUCGUUUUUGGAAACCUCCUGCUGGGAGCUGAAUUCUUGUUGUUUCAUCAAGAAAACAAUUAAUGUUCUCCUUUCCCUCCUCACCCUCCCUCCCCUCAGUAACUUGUGUGCAUUUCCUUCUUUUCUGUAGAUGCAGAUGUUCUAGGCAAUACCACAGAUGCACCUGCGUGUGUCUCUACCUGCGAGUGCAAGAAUCUCAUGUCAUCUUAAAAAAUACAAAAAAAUAUACAAAAAAUAUACAAAAAAUAUCUUUUUUAGGCCAGAGUUUUCUACAGGUAUUAAUGAAUAUUUUUCUUAAUCCUUAUAAGUUUUAUGUGUUUAAUAUUUCUUAAUACCGGUAGCAUUAAUUUAUACUUUUGUAGCAACACAAUAUUUUUAUAAACCGCCACCGCUGGCUUUGUCUUCAUAAUGGGGAAAUGUGCGGGCAGCUGGCCCUGCACUGUACCAUGUACUGUAUUUAAAAGGUUAUCUAAUGUCACACUUGCUGUGUUAAUAAACAAAACAAAACCUG